AUGUCCAGCCUCAAGAGCAUCAGAAAAAUAAGUGGCCGCGGAAAGACCGGAGGAAAAGCCAGAGCCAAGGCAAAGACCCGCUCCUCCAGUGCUGGGCUCCAGUUCCCAGUCAGCCGUGUUCACAGGCUGCUGCGCAAAGGAAACUAUGUGGAGCGUGUCGGUGCUGGCGCCCCUGACUACCUGGCGGCAGUGCUGAAGUAUCUGACCGCUGAGAAGCUGGAGUUGGCUGGAAACACUGCCCACAACAACAACAAGACCCGUAUCAUCCCCCAUCACCUACAGCUGGCUGUCCGCAACGAAAAAGAGCUCAACAAGCUGCUGGGCAGAGUCACCAUUGUGGAGUUAAGAAAUGGCUCUAUUAAACUUUUAACGGGUCUAUAUUAGCCUACACAUUUAAACAACUGGUGUGAUUAUGCAUUGCACUGACAGGAGAUGCCUGGUACAUGCG